AUGGCAGCGCUCUCUUUUCUACUCCUUCUGCUGCUCGGCUGCUGCCUGCCGGCCGCUUCGGGCAGCCCACUUGCUCCCCGGCUCCUGCCACCCCCGCUCCAGGUCACCUGCGCGGACCCUCACGGACAAGUCUCUCAACGGCAGGACAAUGAGCGCCAGGUCUCAUGCCUGUGGAACAGCACCGUGACCCUGCAUUACCAGCCCGCCCCAGGAGCAAACCUAGAGGCGGGGAGGGCAGAGGGGUGGGCACCGAGCCCACCUCGCUGCCGCUGGUACCUGAACUCAGCCCGGGUGAAGAUCACCUUGCGCUGGUCGGGCCAGGUGAUGCUGCAGACGGGCCUCCUGCCUCCACCUGCAGCCUCUGGCCUCCUCACGGUGCAGUGCUCAUCUGCCUCCUGCGUGGCACCCGACUGCUUGUACCACAACGUGAGUAUUGAGAUACGUGGGCAGGAUGUGCGUCUGUUUGUGCUUUGGCCACAGACACAACUGAUCCAUGUGUUUCAGCCUGUACAGCUGGGCUGGUGCGCACGCCUCAAGAGUGACAGGUGGCAGUACCGCUUCAGCACCCAGGGAGGCAGCCCCUCGACCCUCCUCCUUACCAGCAGCGAGCACCAAGAUGUGCCCUCGCCUGCCAUCUACCCAACAACUGAGCUGCAACGCACCUGUGCCACCUACUACAGCUACCAUGUGACCGUGCGCUAUGGGCACCACGGACUCCAUGUCGCUUCAGUCAGCAUUGUGCAGUUGCCUCAGAUAAGCCUCAGCCUCUCUCUCAAGGUAGAGCCUGACUUGCAGCAUGUCCUCAGUGUCAGGUCCAAGCUCCUCAGUGUUCCCCAACAGCCUCUCAGCCUCUCCUGGAGGCUUCAGCCCUUUACUCUGACCACACUGGCCUACAGACUGGUGGACACACAGUCCACGGGAGGCUGGAUACGUUCCUACAGUUCCCUGGCCCUGCAGAGCACCUUCUGCACAGUUCCCACACCUCAGAGCAUGAGUGAAAUGGUGGUGGCCAGUAUUUACUUUCACACUGAUGGAAAGAAGUUUAAGGAACUGAUGGGAGAAAUACAUGUACUCAAUGGUACCCUGAGCCUGACUGUGGGCAGAGAAAAUCUAAUCCACAUCAGCCUCCAUCCAGGGACAAGCAACAGUAGCACUUAUGUGCUCAGGUACAGCCAUGGAACAUUUUACACCACCAAAGAAAACAACAGCCCUAUUUCCACAGGUGGCCCUAACACACACACAGUGUUCUACCAACACGAUGAGCUCACCUACUUAUUCUCUAUAGAGUUUGUGGCCCUCCGGUGGUACAAGUUCAAUAUGUACCUUUACAUGAAUCAAAACAGGGCUUUACUCAGGCCUCUGGCAGAAAGAGACCUCGAAGUCCAUGUUUUCAGCAGCGGCCAUCUUUCCUUUCUGCAGAACUUUACCUACUUGGUGUGGUUUAUCCCCGCACAACAUCCGAUGCUACAAUGCGAGUGGACCUUCAACCUGCAGCUUUUUGGAACGCAACAAGAUGGCCUUCUCCUGAACACCACCUACACGUACAAUGACCACAUAAGAAAUGCCACGCGCUUUGUCCGUCGCUCUGCUUUGCCCUUUGAUCCAGAAAAAUACACAGGGUUUGUGGCAAAAGUGAACUGUACUAGGACAGUGCGUUCCCUAGCUCUUUUAAGAGUCAGAGUCAACAACUACGCUGCAAAAGCCAUAGAGGUGCCAGUGUCUUGCCAGAAAGAAGCCUGCUACAUAGCAGGCACGAGGAUUCAGAGACCUCCUCAAGCCUCUGUCCUGCGCUACAAAAGGGGUAUGUCUUUUUUCUUCUUUGUUAAGUUGCUGGUAGAGUGCAACGUUGGUAUCUCUAUCAAGCCCUUGUGGCGAAUAUACCCUGUUCACAACACAACCACUGCUCCAGACUGGGGAAACCCCAUGAAUUCUUCUAUGAUGUUUGGUGUAGAUAUGAUACGCUUAACUGUUCCUAGUUUUGCUUUGGAUUAUGGGUUGUAUCUCUUUUAUUUCACUGUUGAGAUAACCCCAAUUGGGACCAGAAUCAUCCUCAAUGGUUCAGACAGUGUUUACGUUCUGAUUGAGAGAGACGAUCUAGUGGCAAAUAUUGCGGGAGGCACGUUCCGCACAGUGGGCUUUCAUGAUGGUUGGACUCUCGAUGGCUCUGCAUCCUACGAUCCUGACUUGCCUGACAGACUAACGGGAAUCACAUUCACCUGGUACUGCACUAAAGACGUGUCAGACUAUACCAACAUGAGCCUGAGCUCGGGAAAGAAAUGCCACCCGUCUCAGAGGGAUUUGAAAUGGUUAACACCCUCUGGUCCAGUUCACGCAGUGACACCAGAAUCCCUCCCAGGAAACGCCGUAUACUAUUUCCGUCUAGUGAUCCAGAAGGACAGCAGGACCGGUUAUGCCGACCAGACGGUAAAUGUGCAGCCUGGCUCCCCACCUCUUCUGCAUGUGACGUGCCUCGAAAACUGUGGUACCACUCUAAUACCGACAGAGAGAUUCAGCUUGUCUGGAAAAUGUCUAAACUGUAGAACGAGCAGCCAGCCAGCCUACUACUGGUCCCUUCUUUCAGAAAACUCUACAGAAAUUGCCUUCGACUGGGCUUCCAGAACCUCAACGGGAAGGCACGGGGCUUACCUGUCUAUCCAUGCUCUGACUUUUACAAAGACUGCACUUCAGUCCUAUAUCCUUCUGUUAAAAGUCACUACCUGGAAUAACAGGUCCUCAAUCUACAGGCACUCGUUUAACGUCAAUACUCCGCCCAGGGCUGGCAAAUGUACCAUCGACCCACCCUGGGGUACAGCCUUUCUGACAAAGUUUGUUGUUCAGUGCAGUGGAUUUUCUGACAGCCAUUUGCCUCUGACAUACAAAGUGAUUGUGGCUUCCAACGUACCCCAGACCAUCCAAGUAACCUCUGUGGAGGAAAAUACUUUCGGCCCAAUUCUGUACUUUGGUUACCAGCCGAAAACCCCUCCGUCCUUUCUCCCAGUCGGAGUGCCGUCUCAGAAGUACACCUUGACACUUUACGUUCAGGUCCGCAAUUCCCUUGGGGCCUUCACCCAGCUGAGUUUAUAUGUCCGUGUACGGAACCCACUGAACAGUCGACCACUCGCUGUUGUGUUCCAGGAACUGCAGGCCUCCGUGAGCGGCUUAAAUGCACCAAUGACAUCUUAUCUCCAGUCUGGAGAUUAUUUGAAUGCAGGUUACUUGGCCUAUCUCUCGGCCUCAGUUUUAAACCUUUUUAAAGCUGCAUCAACUCUCCAGCUUCCUAAGGCUCAGUUUCGGGCACACCUGAUUAACACUGCCCUGAGUAUCUCAGUUGACAGCAUAACAGAAAUCAACCAAGUAGUUGCAUCACUUUCACAAGUCACAGAGGAAGCUGAGGAAGUGAAUGUCGCAUCACAGGACCUCGCUGUCAAGAAACUGGCUGAAAUCACGGGAGCGCUGAAGACAGUGAGGAAUGAGAGCCUCUGGUCUGAGGAAGCGGAAAUCCAGACCAGCGGAAUACUAAAGUGCUUGUCCAACAUCCUGAGAGCUGCUCUUCUGCGCCACACCGAUGUCAAUGUAAACGGAGUUCAACAAGUCGUCUCCAUCAUGGAACAUUUGACGGAGAUAAUUUUCCAAGGCAAAGUCCCGGGAGCAACAGAAACUCUGAUGGAAACAAAACACUGGAACAUCACUCUGACGAAAGAUGAAACCUGGAACAUUGCAAAUGAUUUCUCCGCCAGAAAUGCCUGCAGGACUUGCUUUUAUCCAUCACUGAAAAGGGGAAAUGACUCAGGACUGCCCCAGGAUGCUGUGAUUUCCACUGCCCUUUUUGAGUUCAAGGAGAACCCCUUCCCUUGGUUAGGGUACACAUCAGAAAUUGAAACAGCCAUCUUCGGGUUCAAAAUGGCAGAAAGCAAGCCUAAUGGGGAGCUCCUAGAGAUCGUGCCUGAAGAAGCAGAAAUUACUAUUGCCAGGAAAGAUAAGGGAUCCUCAGCUUUUCCAUUAGCAAUAGGACCCCAUAAAACACAAGCUUACACAACUGGAGGAUUCAGCUUUGAAGUCAACAGAAACACCAAGAGUACAUACAUCCAGAUUCUGACAAAAUUAACAGUGACCUUCGAGGUGCAGGUAUUUACAGGUACCAACAUCACUCAUGCUGAUCCCAUAGCCUCGUUCACUGCUUUUCACGACCGGCCAACUGUCAGAAGGCAAAACGAGAUGGCCAGCACUGACUGUAACAUCAAGGCUCCCUAUGUUAUCUGUCUCCCAGAGUCACUGCUGGCAGCCAUGGUUCAAGAAAACAGUACAGACACUCACAACAUCUCCAUUGUCUUGCUGACACCCCAUGUCGUAAGGUAUCCAACACAAAGACUGGUGAGCAUACACAUUUUCAGUGACCAGUGCUUAUUUCUGGAUGGGGUUCAAAGCCUGUGGAGAGAAGACACAUGCAGACUCGGCUCCCUGACUGACUGGCAGAGGGUACACUGUGUCUGCAAUACAAAGCAGAGCCACAGAAGUCUGUUGGUUCGUGCUGUGUCAAAUGUGACCGCCUUCAACAUCAGGUUCCUGGCAGCCAAAGUAAUAGUUGCCCCCAACAGAGUUGAUCUGAGGAAAGACCUGAUAGCAGAUAUCCCGAAAAACCCCGUGACACUCUUAGCAGUGCUCUUUAUUUUUGCCACCUACUUCCUUAUGGCCUUCUGGGCUGUAAGAAAAGACAGGUCUGACAGGGACAGCAAAGGAAAGAUUAUAGUUCUGUCAGACAAUGACCCUUUUGACAAAGUGAGCUUUCUGGUCACUUUAUACACAGGCAGUCGCUGGGGAGCAGGGACCAAAGCCGAUGUCUUCCUUCAGCUCAUUGGCCAAAAUGGCACAAGUGACAUCCAUUGUUUACGGCAGCCACAGAUUCCAUCUUUCCAACGAGGAAGCAUUGACUGCUUUCUAUUAACCACUAAGACAGACUUGGGAGAUGUUUGCGCCUUCAGAGUCUGGCACAAUAAUAAGGGCCCGUCUCCAAGCUGGUACUUAAGCAGAGCCAUAGUUGAGAAUAUGUCCACCGGGAAGACUUGGUUCUUCCUGUGCAGGAAGUGGCUUUCCCUCAACAAGGGUGAUCAGGUACUGGAGAGGACCUUUCCUGUCACAAGCCCCAAGACACCUCUGCCUAGAACUGACUAUUUUUUAAUUCAGCUUGCCAGCAGGCUGACAGAGGGCCACCUCUGGUUUUCCAUUUUUGCUCAGGCUCUCACUGGCCCUUUCACUAGGCUCCAAAGGUUGUCGUCAUGUUUAACAAUAUUAUUGUUAAAUUUACUUGUUAACAUUAUGUUCUUUAAUGCGGGCAAGAAUGAAGAAUUUCCAGCACACUUGAGGUAUCUGAGAUCAAUAAUGGUGGGAAUCCAAUGCGCCUUGAUUACGGUACCUGUGGAAAUGAUUACAAUUGCCUUCUUUAAGUACUCCCAGGAGGAACCUUCUCCUUGUGCUGUGGCUCAGAUGGACCCAAAAGCAAGAACAUCUCUCCUGUCUGGAAAUCUUACGAACCCAAAGGAACUUUUGCAAAAAUUGUUCCAUUCAAAAACUUCAGCACAAUCGAGGAGUAUUAGUACCCUGGAGAACCUUCCUGGCCACAGCAACUCACAGAGGCCACCAUGUUUCAGGAGGACAGGAAGUGAGGGAGCUCCCCAAAGCUGGAGGAACUGCAUCGUUUCUGAAAGAGAAGCAAAUCUGAUUGUAACAGAGCAAGAGAUGAUAACCCUGGAUUCCCUCACAACAGCUAAGGCCUGCCAGAGAAGGCCACCGUCAACUUCCAGUGUAGGUAACAAUGCCGAAGAAGGGGGCACCUUUCAGAAAGAAAGGAAACUACGAAGCACUAUCACCAUGCCCUUUCGGAAAAGACCACACAUCGUUCUCUCUUGGUGGUAUGUCUAUGUCUCAUGGGCACUGGUUAUAGUUGUUGCCAGCAUAGCGUCAUUUUUCAUUGUGUUAUACGGUUUGUCUUACGGCUAUCAGACCUCACUAGAGUGGCUUUUAGCAUCUGCAACCUCCUUUCUUGAGAACGUCUUUCUUAUUUCAAUUCUGAAAAUCGCCUUUUUCUCAGCCGUGAGUACAAUUCCUUCAAGGUACUGUGAAAACAUCACAUGGUUAGCUCAGGAGAAGUAUUCUGAGAUGAAGCCAUUUCGAGAAAUGCCGAGUGCUCAGGAGAUGAGAGAGAGGCACUUGCAACUCAUUAAAAUCAGAAGCACCAAGCAAUAUAGGCCUUUAGAAGCUGCCGAAAUUGCAAACAUGCUGAAAAAGAAAAAACUUAAAGCCAAGGCAUUUACUUUCACAACAGGUUUCAUCAGUCACCUUAUCUUUUUAACACUGAUACUGCAUUUUGCCUACUCCACCGAGAAAGCCAACUGUUUCCACUAUAACCGAUUCAUCCAGAACCAAUUCUCUUCACAACUCUCCCGCUUAGAUAAGCUGGAACAUAUCUACGUGUGGGCGAAAGACUUGUUCCUGCCUUUGAUCCACAACGAUGUUCACCCGACCUUUCUUCCUGAGAGCUCGUCCAAAAUCAUUGGCUUGCCCAGGAUGAGGCAAGUACGAGCUAAAGGUACUGAGAAAAAAUGUUUCCGGCCUCACAGCUUUGUGAGUAACCUUGUGAUCAGCAAAAGCCACUGUCUUCACAGGUAUGGCAGGGACGUCCUAGAGAAGGGUGACUAUGCUGGCACUUGGACAAAGUUGGCAAACCAGUCUGUCUCCAAGGACGCCAGCACUUACAGUGGGUUCACCUACCAGCCAAACCAGACUCCGUGGACAUAUUACUCCUAUGGAGACCUGCACACAUAUGGACCAGCAGGAUACACGUUUUACUUUUUCCCCCAAGAAGGGAGAUCUAAUUCAACUACAAGGCUGGAUGCUCUACAGCAGAGCAACUGGCUUGAUGAAAAAACAUGGGCUGUGAUCUUUGAACUCACAACAUUUAGCUCAGAUGCGGGUCUCUUUUGCACCAUCUCGGUCAUAUUCGAAAUGUCUCAUUUGGGGGUCAUAAAACCAAGUCUGUCAGUCCACUCUUUCGCAAUCCCCAUCUUUCUUCAGCAAACCAAAACACAAAUGUUUGUCUGUGUAGUUGUUGUUGCCUUUCUGAUCACUUAUGUCACAGGUGAGCUUCGCAUCCUAGCCCAAAAAAAAAAAGAUUAUAUCAAAAACUUUUCCGAUCUAACAAACUUUUGCUUAAAAUUAUCCUUUUUUCUUUUUGUUCUCUUAAAGGUCAUAAAGUUUAAGGUAGGAGAAGAUAUUGUCAAGUUUUACUUACUCCACCCAAAUGAUUUCACUCCUUUCCAUACAGUUUCCCACUUGGAUAAGAUUUUAAGGAUUACUAUGGGUGUUUUAGCAUUCUUCAUAGAUUUGAAAACUCUAAAAUAUUCUCGAUUCCUUUAUGAGGUGCGCCUGGCACAAAGGGCCAUCCUGGCAGCCCUUCCUGGACUCUCCUCAGUGGCCUUCAUAGUGGUGGUGCACUUCUUUGCAUUCAUGGCUCUUGGCUACCUUGUCUUUGGGCAGCAUGAAUGGAAUUACAAUACCAUGAUUCACUCAGCUCAAACCAUACUCUCUUACAGUGUAUCAGCUUUCAGAGAUACCACAUUUGCAUCCAACAGGUUGCUGGGUGGCCUCUUUCUAGCCUCUUUCAUGUUGGUGAUGAUCUGCGUGUUGACUAAUCUCUUCCAAACUGUUUUUCUGUCUGCGCAUAGAGCUAUGAAACAGCACGCACAUGAAGAGCCAUCUGAUGAAGCACAAGUAGGUGCUUUUAUAUUGCAGGGGCUCAGGAGGAUAUUUUAUCUUCCAAUCCGUAAAACAGCCCAACACGGUGAGCCUGAUCUUUGUCACAGUGCACUCUAUUAGCAACCUCAGAGAGGACAUCAUUGACACUUAGGGCUCAAGAACAGAAACAUAAAUGGGAAAAAAAAGGGUUUAUCUAGUCGUAUGAGCAAGGAAAGCAUUUGUACUCAAGACCACCUCUGUCUUCCGGGCGCCCCCUCCAGGCUGUUCACUUCUGAAGGCAAGAGCACAGAAUAUCUUUUUAGAACGAAAUCUCACAUGCUGCUCGCAAUGCAGCGAGUUUACGGGGAGUGUUACGGCUGA